CCCGCCGCCCGACACCCUCCGGAACUACUUCGCCCCGGCCCAGCCGUCGGGCGCGUCCGCGGGACCGGCCCCGCGCCUACUCGCGGGCCAUCACAUCGCCCCUCCCCGCCCCGCGCCAGGCACCGCUCCCCGGGCGGCCUCCGACCUCCUCCCGUUCCCUGCGAGCGACCAGGAAGGAGACUGUGGGACUCCGCUCCCGACGGCGGUGGCGUCCCAAGAUGGCGUCGUGGCUGCCGGAGACUCUGUACGAGACCGUAGGACAAGGCCCGGCGCCCAGCAAAGACUACUACCACUUACUGGUCACCCGCUCUCAGAUAAUCUUUAGAUGGUGGAAGAUCUCGCUGAGGAGUGAGUAUCGAUCAGCAAGACCUGGAGAAUCAAAAGACACUCAUGAGGACUUUCUUGAUAAUUCACAUCUUCAGGUUCAAGUUGCCUUAAUAUUUGGCUCAAGAACAUUAGACUAUGUCUUCAAUUUGUGCAGAGGUAGAUUUGACUUCCUGGAACGGCUCUCAGAUACACUGCUCCUAAGCAUCAUUUCUUACCUGGAUCUUGAAGAUGUGGCCAGGCUUUCUCAAACUUCACAUAGAUUUGCAAAGCUGUGCAGGUCUGACAUGCUGUGGGAGCAGAUUGUCCAGUCGGCCUGCGACACCAUCACUCCAGACAUGAGGACCCUGGCGGAGGACAUGGGCUGGAGGCAGAUGUUCUUCACCAACAAGCUCCAGCUGCAGCGGCAGCUCCGCAAGAGGAGGCAAAGACGGGAAAGCCAGCAGCCGGCGCUACUCUAAGCAUUCCUUUUCCUACGCAAGGGGCAGGGAGGCCUGGCCAUUCUUCCCUGCACGGUCCAAACCUCUUGAUUCAGUCAUCUGAGAAGCAUAGUGGCUUUGCACACAGACGCAGCAGAACCUGGUCACCAGUGCCUUUCUCAAAUCAUCGCUGUGGGCCACAGAUGCAGAGUGUGGCCCUAGAGCAGGGGCUGAAAGCCAGAGGGCCUCCCGGCUCCCUGUGCUCCCAGCACUGCUCACCCCUGAACCGUAGGAGAAGAGCUUUGCUGUUCAAAAACAAUAAAUGAUUACAGACACCUGUCAUAUCUAAACAUUUGAAAGCGCCACGAGGCUUUGACCUUUUUCCCUGAUGUAAUCGUGUGUCCGUCAGUUCACCGUUGCUAGCCACGAUGCCAUACGCCCAUAGCUUAGGAGGAGAGGCACGUGGUUUGAGAGAAUGCGGUUCAUGCUUGCCUGGCUCUGGGGCAGAGGCAUCAUAGAGAAGGCCUGGGACCAUACGCAGUGCCCAAAGGGCACCUUUGUGGUCAGCAGGCGCACCCAGAGGGGUGCUUCACUAAUGUCCUUGGGCAGCUCCCAAGCCAGUCAAUUGGACACACCAAACUUAACCCCCCACAUGGGGUCAGGCGCCACUGGGGAGCUUUGGUGAGUGCAGCUGCCUUCUCUUCGUUCUGUUAAGUUUGCAUUCAGGGCCCAUCCCUGUGGCUCUGCCCCUAAGGACACCACUGGUGGCCUGGACCAUGGCUGGAGAAGACCUGGAGUGGACCUUGCUGAGUGUGCACUCCCCAGGGCCUCCCCUCACUUAAAAGCCUGUUAUUCUUAUUUUGGUUUGGCCUUUUAAAACAGGGUCUUGCUACUCACUGUGUAGCCAAGCAUCAUUUUGAGAGGGAUCAUUUAGAGUUUAAAGAAAAGAGGAAUACUUUAAAUGCAGAUGUGAUAGUGUUUGCUAAUAGUUACACACAAAUCCUUACAGCUCCUCAGCUGAGAAAUGAAAAACCACUGGAGAACCAGCCAGGGUUAGCUGCUGCUCUGAACUGCUCCAAGCAAGAUGCGCAAGCCUAUUCAGCUGACAUUGCUGAAUGCUGCUGGAUGAAAAUCAGCAAAAGAAACCACAG